AUGUCUCUCUCUUUAUACACACAAUUGCUGCGAGCAGUGCUGGAACAGUUGCCGGAGCCAGCAGAGGUUCAUGUGGGUGAGGCCUACAGGGAAGAGAUGGUGAAGCUUGCAAAAGAGAUGGUACCAACUAUUGAUCUGAAGUUGGUACCUAUCAUCAGCGAGGAGUUGAAAUCGUUUGCACGGAAAAAGGAUGGACUGCAAUGGUUUUUGUGGAAGACAGAAGGGAUCCCCCGUCUGAUGGAAUUUGCCAUGACACUCUAUUGCAAUUACGAUAAGCAUAUGAGUGAAAUGGACAAAUGGACCAGAUUGGGGGAACUAACCAUAGAGUCCAUCUACUCUUCCCCAGGGCCAGAAAGUUGUUUCGGAGAUUGUCCGAUAUGCACGGAGCCUCUGCAUAGAAAAAUAACAACUUCAUGCGGGCACAACUUUCAUGGAGAAUGUUUAGAAAUGUGGAUGAGAGAGAACUUGUCUUGUCCAAUGUGUAGAAAGAACCUCUGCGGGUAUGCUUGGCAUCGUUCAUGA